AACAAGCAAAGAUGCAGACCAGAGUCAGCACUGAGCAGGCUUUACAAAUGGCUGUGGCUGAAGCAAACCCUUUUGACUCUGAUGGAGAAGACAUAGACCUCAAGGUAGAAUCCGACUCGGAGGAGUCUUCAGAGGAAGAUGCCCCCCCUCCCUUGAAGAAGAAACCUCGGCUGGAUGGCUCAGUAACAGAGACCGCAAAAGAUGGCACAGUGUGGCACAAGGAAGAGGUUGGACGACGUCUGGAUUUCACUCCUAUUGAACCCUACGCCGCCGAAGGAGAACCAACAUAUGAAGCCAGAAGAAGGACCAGAACUCGCCUUCAGAGCUUCCUCUGUUUUCUCAGUCACCAGAUGCUUCGUACCAUUCAAGCUUGCACAAUUGAGCAUGCGAGGGAAACGGAGGCGGGGGAUUGGUUCAUGGAUGUUCCAGAACUAAUGGCGUUCAUUGCAGUCAUCAUCUGGCGAGGGGUGAGAAAGGUUCCAUCGUUGGCCGACAACUGGUCAGAGAUGUAUGGAAACAAACGGAUCAUGGCAACCAUGUCUAGAGACCGCUUCAAAAACAUCAUGCGACACCUACGCUUUGAUAGCAAGCGCACCCGGGCUGAGCGAUUGCAGACAGACAGGUUUGCAGCAAUGUCUGAAUUAUGGGAAUCAUUUCGAAAGAACUGCGUCACGUUCUACAGGCCCGGUCGUCACAUCACAGUCGAUGAACAGCUUUACCCAUCAAAGACAUGUUGCCCUUUUCUGCAUUAUAUUGCUACAAAACCAGAUAAGUUUGGCAUCAAGUUUUGGGUGGCUUGCGACUUGAAAUCAAAGUACAUCUGCAACGUCUUUCCGAAUGUUGGCAAAGAACCCGAUCGUCCCAAAGAGGAGAGACUGUCCGAGAGUGUGGUGAUGAAGCUGAUGGGACCAUUUCUGGACCAGGGCAGAACUGUCACGACGGACAAUUUUUUCACAUCACUUUCACUUGCAAAAAAGUUGCUCUGCCGGAAAACUACCAUUCUUGGGACACUUAAUAAGAAUCGCAGAGAGAUUCCCCCUUCGGCUCGAGAGAUGAACGGCGACGAGUUCAGCACUCGGGUGUUUUCAACAACUGACGCCACCCUGACAGUGUACGCAGCCCGCCGGAAGCAGUUGGUCUACGUUUUGAGCAGUAUGCACAGUGAGAUUCAGACUGAGAACAGCCACAAAAGAAAGCCAAGCACCAUCACCCAGUACAAUUCUACAAAAUGCGGCGUCGAUAUCAUGGAUCAGAUGGUGCGUCAGUACAGCGCACGGGCAGGAACACGGAGAUGGCCAGUCACUGUGUUCUAUAACAUGGUUGAUAUGGCAGCCCUCAACGCCCAAGCCUGCACAGGACAGAAGGAAAGGCGAGCAGAUUUCCUGAUGCGGCUUGCCAGUGAGUUGGCUGAGUCCCACGUGAUGGCAAAGAAGAUUGCAAAAGAGAACGCUCUUCGAAAACAGGCCACCACAACUGAUGAACCCGGUAAAAGCAGGAAAUGCCAAGUCCACCACCGGUGCAAGAGGAACCCUGCAACUGCCCAAUGUGUCCACUGCUACAAGUUCACUUGUGGAAAAUGCAGAAAAGAAGUGCCAUGGGAGUGCCAGGUCUGCUCAGACCAAGGACAGUUUUGAGGUUGUCAUGUAAACCACACAACCCUGUAAAUAUGUUCACUGCAAAAAGUUUACGUGUGGCAAAAGCACAAAAGCAGUGCUGUGUGAGUGCAAGGUCUGAAGCACAGUUUUGAAGUUGUCAUGUGAAACACACCAACCUUGUAAAUAUGUGUGAAUUUUAUGUAUGUUGUUUUACAGUGUUUGCAGAAAUAAACAGACCAUUUGAAAAAAG